AUGUCAUGGUCACAAGCCAUCGCUGGAGCAGUCAUCUUUGAAACUGAUGUCCCUGUAGCAGUUGUCGUCGGAGCAACAGCUACAGCACCAGAUGUCACUGGAGCAGUUGUCGGAACAAUAGCUACAGCACCAGAUGUCACUGGAGCAAUCUUCUUCGAAGCAGACGUCGCUGGAGCAGUUGUUGGAGCAAUAGCUACAGCACCAGAUGCCACUGGAGAAAUCUUCUUCGAAGCAGACGUCGCUGAAGCAGUUGUUGGAGCAAUAGCAACAGCACCAGAUGUCACUGGAGCAAUCUUCUUCGAAGCAGAUGUCUCUGGAGCAGUUGUCGUCGGAGCAGCUGCAGCUACAGCACCAGCACCAGCACCAGAAAUCACUGAAACAGUCAUCUUCGAAUUAGACGUCGCUGGAGCAGUGGUCAGACCAAUAGUCAGACCAAUAGCUACAGCAGCAGAUGCCACUGGAGCACUCGUCGCCUGA